AGCAGAAACUUACAAAACAGAACACUACAGUUUAGAACUGGUCAAGGCCAACAAAGAAGAAAUGCAGUUAAUGAAAGCAGAAGACUAACACAACAAUUUAAGAUGAAUCGUGGUAAAAGGCAGCUGAACACCAGAAGGUGGCAGAACAAUGAGAGUUUUGGAACAACGCUAACAGUUUCUGUCCCUAAUCUUAAAGCAAAUCGAACCUCACAAGCAGUCAAACCAGGAAUGAAGCAACCUGGUGGUAAAUUUAGGACUACAGGAAUUCGGCCAAUGGGAUCUCUUCCCAAAGGAGUACCUUUGAGAUUCAACUUCCGAGCUAUGGCUAAUCACACUAAUGUCACACUGAAUGAACGGUUUUCCACCCUCAAGAUUAAAGGACAGUUUACACCCACCAGAAGAGGAGUUCGGACAGUCACUCUUGCUUAA